CACCGGGACCGCACCCCGAACCAUUACAGCAGGACGGAGUUCAACUACGAGUGGAAGAGGGAGGGAAGAGAAAGAAAGGAAGAAAAAAAGAGAGCCGAGUGAAGAGAGCCAACUUGUGCGCAGCUUCAGUGGAUUGAAAAGGGAAGUCUGGAGCACGCGACACGGAUCCACACUGAGCCUCUGGAGUUUCUGACAACCAUCCCCCGAACUCCGAGCGUCUGCAUCUGAUUAGCAGAAACCAUGUCGGACGUGGACAAGUUCCUGUAUGUGGACCGCAACCUGGUCAACAACCCGCUGGCGCAGGCCGACUGGGCCACCAAGAAGCUAGUGUGGGUGCCUUCAGAGCGUCUGGGGUUCGAGGCGGGCUCACUUAAGGAGGAGCAUGGGGACGAGGUUGUGGUGGAGCUGGCCGACUCCGGGAAGAAGAUCCGGGUUAACAAGGACGACAUCCAGAAGAUGAACCCACCCAAAUUCAGCAAGGUGGAGGACAUGGCGGAGCUGACCUGCCUGAACGAGGCCUCGGUGCUGCACAACCUGAAGGAGAGAUACUACUCCGGACUCAUAUACACAUACUCGGGUCUGUUCUGCGUGGUCAUCAACCCCUACAAGAACCUGCCCAUCUACUCAGAGGAGAUCGUGGACAUGUACAAGGGCAAGAAACGCCACGAGAUGCCACCGCACAUCUACGCCAUCACAGACACGGCCUACAGGAGCAUGAUGCAGGACCGUGAGGACCAAUCGAUUCUCUGCACAGGUGAAUCUGGAGCUGGAAAGACAGAAAACACCAAGAAGGUCAUUCAGUAUCUGGCUCACGUGGCGUCAUCUCACAAAACCAAGAAAGACCAGAGCAGCUCCGUCCUGUCACAUGGCGAGCUGGAGAAGCAGCUGCUGCAGGCAAACCCGAUCCUGGAAGCCUUCGGAAACGCCAAGACCGUCAAAAACGACAACUCGUCUCGAUUUGGCAAAUUCAUCAGAAUCAACUUUGACGUCAACGGCUACAUCGUUGGAGCCAAUAUUGAAACCUACCUGCUGGAGAAGUCCAGAGCCAUCCGUCAGGCUAAAGAAGAGCGAACCUUCCACAUGUUCUACUACAUGCUGACCGGCGUAGGAGACAAACUUCGCUCUGAGCUGUGUCUGGAGGGCUACAAUAAGUACCGCUUCCUGUCCAAUGGGAACGUGACCAUCCCGGGACAGCAGGACCGAGACAUGUACGUGGAGACUGUGGAGGCCAUGAGGAUUAUGGGCUUCUCUGAGGAGGAGCAUGUCGGUCUGCUGAGGGUUAUUUCAUCUGUGCUGCAGCUGGGCAACAUGUCCUUCAAGAAGGAGCGUCAUUCAGACCAGGCCUCCAUGCCUGAUGACACCGCCGCUCAGAAGGUGUGCCAUCUGAUGGGCAUGAAUGUGACCGAUUUCACCCGUGCCAUCCUCUCGCCCCGGAUAAAAGUGGGCCGGGACUACGUGCAGAAGGCGCAGACACAGGAGCAGGCCGAGUUUGCAGUGGAGGCUCUGGCCAAAGCCACAUACGAGAGGAUGUUUCGCUGGCUGGUGAUGCGCAUCAACAAAGCUCUGGAUAAGACCAAGCGUCAGGGCGCUUCCUUCAUCGGCAUUCUGGACAUCGCCGGCUUUGAGAUCUUUGAGCUGAACUCUUUCGAGCAGUUGUGCAUCAACUACACCAACGAGAAGCUCCAGCAGCUGUUCAACCACACCAUGUUCAUCCUGGAGCAGGAGGAGUACCAGCGGGAGGGCAUCGAGUGGAGCUUCAUCGACUUCGGCCUCGACCUGCAGCCCUGCAUCGACCUCAUCGAGAAACCCGCGAGUCCUCCAGGUAUCCUGGCUCUCCUGGACGAGGAGUGCUGGUUCCCUAAAGCCACAGAUAAGAGUUUUGUGGAGAAGGUCCUGCAGGAGCAGGGCACGCAUCCCAAAUUCCACAAACCCAAGAAACUGAAAGACGAGGCUGACUUCUGCAUCAUCCACUAUGCUGGAAAGGUGGACUAUAAGGCAGACGAGUGGCUGAUGAAGAACAUGGACCCGCUGAAUGAUAACGUGGCCACUUUACUCAACCAGUCCACGGAUAGAUUUGUGUCUGAGCUGUGGAAAGACGUGGACCGCAUCGUGGGUCUGGAUAAAGUUGCUGGGAUGUCGGAGCUGCCGGGAGCCUUUAAGACUCGUAAGGGAAUGUUCCGGACGGUCGGGCAGCUUUAUAAAGAGCAGCUCUCCAAACUCAUGGCCACGCUCAGAAACACCAACCCAAACUUUGUCCGCUGCAUCAUUCCCAACCACGAGAAGAAGGCGGGUAAGUUGGAUCCUCACCUGGUCCUGGAUCAGCUGCGGUGUAACGGUGUGCUGGAGGGCAUCCGCAUCUGCCGACAGGGAUUCCCCAACCGCAUCGUCUUCCAGGAGUUCAGACAGAGGUAUGAGAUCCUCACGCCAAACUCCAUUCCCAAAGGAUUCAUGGAUGGCAAACAGGCCUGUAUGCUGAUGAUCCGAGCUCUGGAGCUGGACCCUAACCUGUACCGCAUCGGUCAGAGUAAAGUGUUUUUCCGCGCCGGAGUUCUGGCCCACCUGGAGGAGGAGCGGGACAUGAAGAUCACCGACGUCAUCAUCAACUUCCAGGCCUGGUGCCGGGGAUACGUCGCCCGCAAAGCAUUCGCUAAGAGACAGCAGCAGCUGACAGCCAUGCGUGUGAUUCAGAGGAACUGUGCUGCUUACCUGAAGCUCAGGAACUGGCAGUGGUGGAGACUCUUCACUAAGGUGAAGCCGCUGCUGCAGGUCAGCCGACAGGAAGAGGAAAUGCAGGCCAAAGAGGAGGAGCUGAGUAAAGUGCGGGAGAAGCAGCAGGUGGCGGAGCAGCAGCUGGUGGAGAUGGAGGUCAAGCAGCAGCAGCUGAACGCAGAGAAGAUGGCUCUGCAGGAGCAGCUGCAGGCCGAGAUGGAUCUGUGUGCAGAGGCUGAUGAGAUGAGGAACCGGCUGGUGGCCAAGAAGCAGGAGCUGGAGGAGAUCCUGCACGACCUGGAGGCCCGAGUGGAGGAAGAGGAGGAGAGGGCAAACCACCUGCAGGCUGAGAAGAAGAAGAUGCAGCAGAACAUCGCGGAUCUUGAGCAGCAGCUGGACGAGGAGGAAGCGGCUCGACAGAAGCUGCAGCUGGAGAAAGUCACGAUGGAGGCCAAACUGAAGAAGACGGAGGAGGAGGUGAUGGUGCUGGACGACCAGAACAACAAACUCUCCAAGGAGAAGAAGCUCAUGGAGGAGCGGAUCGCAGAGUUCACCACAAACCUGGCGGAGGAGGAGGAGAAGUCCAAGAGUCUGCAGAAACUGAAGAACAAACACGAGGCCAUGAUCACCGACCUGGAGGACCGUCUGCGGCGCGAGGAGAAGCAGCGCCAGGAGCUGGAGAAGAACCGCAGAAAGCUGGAGGGAGACUCGACAGAGCUGCACGACCAGAUCGCAGAGCUCCAGGCGCAGAUCGCAGAACUCAAAGCGCAGCUCGCCAAGAAGGAGGAGGAGCUGCAGGAGGCACUCGCCAGGAUUGAGGAGGAGGCGGCGCAGAAGAAUCUGGCCCAGAAGAAGAUCCGCGAGCUGGAGUCUCAGCUCAGUGAACUGCAGGAGGAUCUGGAGCUGGAGAGAGCGGCUCGAACCAAAGCCGAGAAACACCGCAGAGACCUGGGGGAGGAGCUGGAGGCGCUGAAGACUGAGCUGGAGGACACACUCGACUCUACAGCCGCACAGCAGGAGCUCAGGACGAAGCGUGAGACUGAAGUGGCGCAGCUGAAGAAGGCUCUGGAGGAAGAUGCUAAAGUUCACGAGCAGGUGAUGGCGGAGAUCAGACAGAAGCACAGCCAGGCCUUCGAUGAGCUCAACGAGCAGCUGGAGCAGGUCAAACGGAAUAAGGUGUCGGUGGAGAAGAGUAAGCAGGCUCUGGAGUCUGAGAGGAACGAGCUGCAGAUCGAGCUGCAGACGCUGAUGCAGGGGAAAGGAGAGUCUGAGCACCGCAGGAAGAAGGCGGAGGCGCAGCUGCAGGAGCUGCAGGUCAAACACACCGAGAGCGAACGCCAGCGCAUCGAGCUCGCCGAGAGACUCACCAAGAUGCAGGCUGAGCUGGAUAACGUCAACACUCUGCUGAGCGACGCUGAAGGAAAGUCCAUCAAAGCGUCCAAGGACUGCUCCACCGUGGAGUCGCAGCUGCAGGACGUGCAGGAAGUGCUGCAGGAGGAGACCCGUCAGAAGCUGGCUCUGAACACUCGCCUGCGUCAGCUGGAGGACGAGCAGCACAGCCUGAGGGAGCAGCUGGAGGAGGAGGAGGAGGCCAAGAGGAACCUGGAGAAGCAAAUCGGCACUAUGCAGGCGCAGCUGGUGGACAUGAAGAAGAAGAUGGAGCAGGAGUCUGGCUCUCUGGAGUGUGCGGAGGAGAGCAGGAAGCGAGUGCAGCGGGAUCUGGAGGCCGUGUCUCAGCGUCUGGACGAGAGAAACGCCGCCUUCGACAAGCUGGACAAAACCAAGACCCGCCUGCAGCAGGAGCUGGACGACAUGCUGGUGGACCAGGACCAUCUGCGGCAGAUCGUCUCCAACCUGGAGAAGAAGCAGAAGAAGUUUGACCAGAUGCUGGCCGAGGAGAAGUCGAUCUCUGCCAGAUACGCUGAAGAGCGCGACCGUGCCGAGGCCGAGGCUCGCGAGAAGGAAACACGCAUGCUAGCGUUAGCUCGUGAGCUGGAGACGCUCACCGAUAUGAAGGAGGAGCUCGACCGCACCAACAAACUGCUGCGCGCCGAGAUGGAGGAUCUGGUGUCAUCUAAAGACGACGUGGGCAAGAGCGUGCACGAUCUGGAGAAGUCGAAGCGUGCGAUGGAGCAGCAGCUGGAGGAGAUGAAGACUCAGCUGGAGGAGCUGGAGGACGAGCUGCAGGCCACUGAAGACGCUAAGCUGCGUCUGGAGGUCAACAUGCAGGCCAUGAAGGCGCAGUACGAGAGAGACCUGCAGGGCCGCGACGAGCUGGGCGAGGAGAAGAAGAGGCAGCUGCUCAAACAGGUGCGCGAGAUGGAGAUGGAACUGGAGGACGAGCGCAAACAGCGCACUCUGGCGAUGGCAGCCCGCAAGAAGAUGGAGCUGGACCUGAAGGAGCUGGAGGCGGCCAUCGACCAGGCCAACAAGAACCGAGACGAGGCUCUUAAACAGCUCAAGAAAGUGCAGGCUCAGAUGAAGGAUCUGCUGCGGGAGCUGGAGGACACACGUCUGUCCCGAGAGGAGAUCCUGGCCCAGAGCAAAGAGAACGAGAAGAAGGUCAAGAGCAUGGAGGCCGAGAUGAUCCAAAUGCAGGAGGUACAGUGUGUGUGUGUGGCAGUGUGAUUGAGUGCGUGAGUG